AUGCUAGGCAGCGAUACUGGGAGGGCUAGGCUUGAUACGGAGGGGCAGGAGGCCGGGAGGCAGGCUGAGAGGGAAGGCCAUGAGACGGAGCGGAUCAAGGCAGAAACGGAGAGAUCAGUAGCGGAGAUGGGGAGGCUGCACGCUGAGGCGGUGAAGGUGGAGAAGGAAGCGGAGAGAGCAGUGGUGGAGACUGAGCGGCUCAAGGCGGAGGCGAUGAUGGUGAGGAGCGAGAAGAUGAAGAUCGAUUCGCAGACGGAGCGGCUAAAGGCAGAAACGGAGCGGAUGAAGAUGGAGCAGGUGCAGAGGAGGCGGGAGGUGGAGGUGGGGGCGGAGGCGGAGGCGGCUGGUACGGAUGAGGGGUUGGUGGCCAAGAGGGAGCUGCUCGAGACAGGGGCGGUGGUGGUGAGUAGUGAGAUAACAAAAACUGAUGCUGAGAUGGAAAGGGUGAAGGCGGACACCCAACGGGCGAGCGCGGAGGAGACGGUGCGUGAGGAGCUUGAGAGCUCGGGGCAGGUGCCGGAGGGGGACGGGCUAAAGCCGGGGAACUACCUAGAGGAGCUAGAGGCGGAGAUCGACUGGAAAGAGUUGGAGGAGCAGCGGGAACACAAUUAUUAUAAGUGGGUGCAUCUAGUGCAGGAGAUUAUCCAGCUGAAGUUCCGAGCGUCCCAGGAGGGAUCGAGAGUACACCAACUGAAGGCAGCAAAGAGCGUUGCAUAG